CAUUGAAAGAAAGAAGUGGUGAGCAUGCUCAUUCAAGAAGGAAAAACAGCUACUAUUCAUGAGAAACUAGUGUUGAUCGACACACUCGAGCGUUUGGGAGUGUCUUAUCACUUCCAUCGAGAAAUCGAAAACCUACUCCAUCAAAUCCAAGACUACUAUUUAAAGUAUUUAGAAAAAGGCCCCGAAACGUUUCCGGCAGGUAUAAUGGAGUUUCUGUUUCCGAAACAUAUCGAAAACGUGGAAGCACGUACAGAAAUAUACAAUCAUCGAUCAAUAUUGAAAGUAUAUAUUGCAGGUGUUUUCGACAAGUUUAAGGGCGAAGACAACAAAUUCAAAGAGACCCUAAAAAGUGAUGCUAAGGGAUUGUUGAGCUUGUACGAAGCUGCACACUUGAGAAUUCGUGGCGAAGAAAUCCUGGAAGAGGCUGCGGCCUUCGCAACAUAUCAUCUCAAUCUUAUGUUAGAUGAUGAUGAUCAACAAUUAUUAUUAGAGUUUCCAUUACUUGAGGAACAAGUGAAGCGGGCCCUACAGAACCCACUUCAUAGAGGCGUUCCAAGAAUAGAAACCCGUCGUUUUAUUUCAUUUUACGAAAAAGAUGAAUCGAGGAGUGAACUACUUCUCCGACUAGCCAAACUGGAUUUCAAUUAUUUGCAGAAUAUCUACAAGAAAGAGCUCUCCCAACUCUCCAGGUGGUGGAACGAAUUGAACCUGAUGCCAAAACUGCCGUACGCGAGAAGUAGAGUGGUGGAAUCCUACAUUUGGGCGACGGCUUUUUGUUUCGAGCCUCAGUACUCCGAUGCUCGAUUAGCAGCUACUAAAACCUUGCAAAUGCUUACACUUAUCGAUGAUACAUACGACAAUUAUUCCACGCUUGAAGAAGCCGACCUUUUCACCCACAUUAUCCAAAGGUAUGCCGAAUGGUGGAAUAUUGAUGAAAUUGACGACUACGAUCAAAUCCCGGAUCAUAUGAAAAUCAUUUGCGAGUUUACUUUUAGCAUGUACGAAGAGUACGAACGUGAAGCAGCCAAACAAGGAAAAUCUUUUGCAGCUCCUUAUGCCAAAGAAAGUGUGAAACACUUAUGUAGGGCUUACAAUAAAGGGCUAAGGUGGUGCAUGGGAGGAGAAAAUAGUAAUAUGCCAAGAUUUGAAGAUUACAGUGUGAAUACAGUAAUCACAAGCUGCCUGUAUGUUUUCUGCUCAUGGAUGAUGCCGGGUAUGAGACACGUGUCGUCAAAAGAAACCGUUGAUUGGCUGAUGAGCGACCCUAAGAUUAUUGCAGCUUCUGCUAAGGUGUGCCGCUUUUUGGACGACUUGGGCAGCUAUCAACGCGAACGCAAGGAGGGACGAAUGCUGACAGGGGUAGAUUUUUACAUGAAAGAGCACGGUAUCUCGGUAGAAGAGACCGCGGAUAAGUUUGUGGAACUAGCCGACGAGGCAUGGAAGGAUUUGAACGAAGAAUGGAUCGUAAAUAGUGGUAAAACAGGCCGGGGUUAUUAUCGAAAUAUACCAAAGGAUAUGGUGGAGAUGGUUCUCAACUACGCUCGCGUAGCGGAGCUCAACUACAGGAGUCUCCAAGAUGGCUUUACAAAACCUGAAAUCUUGGCACCCCACAUUGCUACAUUGUUUGUUGAUCCAAUUAUCAUGUGAUUGUUGAUUUUUUAGUAUAAUUUCCUACUUAAUACGUGUUAUUAGUACUUAUCUUUCAUGGAUUUGGUAACUCCUUUUUUUUUUUAAUAUGUAUUCAAAAUACUUUAGUUAUAUAUAUGCUGCAUAUAUGUUCGAUUUU